CUUGAAUGAACCACGAAUGAAAUAGUCUCAAUUAAGCCUAAACAAGAGAACCACGGAGAAGGUAGCACGAAUCGCGGAACCUGAUAGAGAUGAACGCACUAGCUCAAGGAAGACGACUAAACCAACCUUCUAGCAAAACCGGAAGAAACCCAAACAAGUGGGUAAAUUGAACCAUCCACGAUCGUAGCAGAACAAGUUAACCAGACUAACAACCAAAUCAAAGAAUAAAGGCCACAAAAGUGCUGAUACCGGAUUGCACGAAAAAUCCAACCCGUAAAGUAAGGACCUCUAAAUCCAAACAUCUAGCCUAAACCAACGAUUAGACCGUCCUAAACAAAGAAACACAUAAGCGAUCAAACAACAUAAAAACCAAAGCCAAAGCCAAGUAACUCAACAUAUCAAAUAAAACUUAUAUAAUCGGGUUUUUCUUUGUAUUACUGGUCAAAAUAAUUAAUUUGGUAAAGAAAGAGAGAGAGGUACGUAUGUAGUCUAAUAAUACUAAUACCAACCACCGGGGGUCACGAGCUUUAUACUUGCUCGGUGGCUCAUCCUCAACCAUUCCCGUGUUCCUCUCUGUUUAAUCACUCUCUUUACCCUUUGUCUCCUCUUCAAAUACUACUACUUACUAACUUACCAAGUACUCUACCAUGGCCAAUCCCUCCGAGCCAGCCAGAGACUCUCACGUGUCAGUUCUUGCUUUCCCCUUUGGCACUCACGCCGCUCCUCUCCUCUCCGUCACUCGCCGUCUCGCCUCCGCCUCUCCCUCCACCGUCUUCUCCUUCUUCAGCACCGCUCAAUCUAACUCCUCGUUGUUCUCCUCCUCCUCCGAUCGUCCGGCGAACAUUCAAGUCCACGACAUUCCCGACGGUGUUCCGGAAGGAUACGUGUUCGCCGGGAAACCACAGGAGGCGAUCGAGCUGUUCGUAAAAUCGGCGCCGGAGAAUUUCAAGAGAGAGAUCGCGGCGGCGGAGAAGGAGGCUGGUAAGAAAGUGAAUUGCAUGCUGACUGAUGCGUUUUUCUGGUUCGCGGCUGAUAUGGCGGCGGAGAUGAAUGCGUCGUGGGUCGCGUUUUGGACCGCCGGAGCAACCUCUCUCACCGCUCAUCUCUACACAGAUCUCAUCAGAGAAACCAUCGGCGUCAAAGAAGUUGGUGGACGUAUGGAGGAGACAUUAGGGUUUAUUUCAGGAAUGGAGAAGAUCAGAGUUAAAGACAUACCCGAAGGUGUUUCGUUUGGGAAUUUAGACUCUGUUUUCUCUAACUUGUUGCACCAAAUGGGUCGUGCUUUACCUCGUGCCACUGCGGUUUUCAUCAAUUCUUUUGAAGAAUUGGAUCCUACAUUUACUGAGAAACUUGGUUCGGAAUUCAAACGUUACCUGAACAUUGGUCCUCUCGCGUUGUUAUCUUCCACACCGCAAAAGGAGGCAUUAGUGAACGAUCCUCACGGUUGUUUGGCUUGGAUGGAGAAGCGACCCCCUGGUUCUGUAGCGUACAUUAGCUUUGGUACGGUGAUGACACCACCUCCAGGAGAGGUUGCGGCGAUAGCAGAAGGAUUGGAGUCGAGUAAAGUGCCGUUUGUUUGGUCGCUUAAGAGCAUGGUUCAUUUACCUAAAGGGUUUUUGGAUCGGACGAGAGAGCAAGGGAUCGUUGUUCCAUGGGCUCAACAAGCGGAACUUCUGAAACUCGAGGCGACGGGUGUGUUUGUGACGCAUUGUGGAUGGAACUCGGUGUUGGAGAGUGUGUCUGGAGGUGUUCCCAUGAUUUGUAGGCCCUUCUUUGGUGAUCAGAGAUUGAACGGGAGAGCGGUGGAGGUUGUGUGGGAGAUUGGAAUGACGAUUACCAAUGGACUCUUCACAAAAGAUGGGUUUGAGAAGUGUCUGGAUCGUGUUUUGGUUCAAGAUGAUGGUAAGAAGAUGAAACGUAAUGCUAAGAAGCUUAAAGAAGUAGCACACGAAGCUGUCUCUUCGAAAGGAAGCUCCUCUAGAAAUUUCAGAAGAUUGUUGGAUGCAGUUGUAAACAUUUAAAUUUAUAUCGAGUUUGGAAAAAUAAACUACAACACUUUCAAUUAAGGGUAAGAGUGGAGACCUAGCGCGUUGGACGAUUAAUGGGAACAUGUAAGCGGGACCUUAGAGCAUGGGCAUUGGUCCCUUAAAUAUAUUAAUAUUAUUUUCAGA